GCCGGGAUCAAAAUGUUGAGUUUCAAAAGCAUUCUUGAUACAUAAGAAAACCUUGUCACCCACCACAGCUCAGUAGGUCUUAUAGAAAGCUGCAUGAAAACCAUCCGACCCCGAGGCCUUUAAAGAUCUCAUUUCAAGAAAACCCCAUCUUUAGAGACCUCCCAUACCAAAUCACCCUUGAGAUGUUCAGGGAUAAACGACAAGUUCGGUGUUGGCAAGCAGGAAGUGUCAACCUCAACGGUCUCCGCAAACAAGCCUCUAAAGUACUCAAUCGCUCCAGCCUGAAGAACAUCCGUGCCCUUGCACACAGACCCAUAUGGAAAAGUGAGGCUAAUUAUACGAUUCCUCUUUCGACGAAUGGAAAUCGCAUGGAAAAAAAAAAACAGUAUUAAAAUUUAACCAAAAAUAUUUUCUUCACUAAUUUCUAUUUUCAUUGAAAAUUGAAUCAAGAAAAUGAGUAAUAACAAUAAAAAAAGGUGACACUGCGCUAGAAAUUUUCCUUUUCCGAAAAACACUUUUCAACGUCCGGCACCACCACCACCCACCAGCGCCACGAUUUCCCUUUCAGAUCUCGACCUUCUUCUCUUCCUUCCGCAUCUUCCAUUUUCAUCUCUCUGUUCAGCAACUUCAAAUUUCACUUUCCAUUUCGGGAUGAAAAUCGCAUAAUUUAAUUAUUAUUUUUUUAUAUAAUUUUUUCCAUAACUACUCACUCACCCACGCAACCGUAGCAUCCGUCGUGGAUCGGGGUUUUUCUGAUCUUCCGCGCUGAUCUCGAUGGCUGCUCCACCAGCAAGAGCUCGCGCCGAUUACGAUUACCUUAUCAAGCUUCUUCUCAUCGGUGAUAGCGGUGUUGGUAAAAGUUGCCUUCUUUUGCGUUUCUCAGAUGGAUCUUUUACAACUAGUUUUAUCACAACCAUUGGCAUUGAUUUCAAAAUAAGGACCAUAGAGCUUGACGGCAAGCGAAUCAAGUUGCAAAUAUGGGAUACAGCUGGUCAAGAGCGGUUUCGAACUAUUACAACUGCUUACUACCGUGGAGCCAUGGGUAUUUUGCUAGUUUAUGAUGUCACUGAUGAGUCAUCUUUUAACAACAUCAAGAAUUGGAUUCGCAACAUUGAGCAGCAUGCUUCUGACAAUGUCAACAAGAUCUUAGUGGGGAAUAAGGCUGACAUGGAUGAAAGCAAAAGGGCUGUUCCAACAUCAAAAGGUCAAGCUUUGGCAGAUGAAUAUGGCAUCAAGUUUUUCGAAACUAGUGCAAAAACUAAUUUGAAUGUGGAUGAGGUUUUCUUCUCAAUAGCCCGGGACAUCAAACAAAGGGUUGCAGAUAACGACUCAAAGGCUGAGCCCCAGACGCUCAAGAUUAACCAACCAGACCAAGGUGCAGGGUCUGCUCAAGCAGCCCAAAAAUCUGCUUGCUGUGGCUCUUAAAGCGAAACUCGUGGAAAUUCAUUUGACCCAGAAAGUUAUUUCGUAUUAAUGACUUACAUCAGUGCUUGUACUGUUCUCUUAUUAUUUCUUAGUUGCUAGUUGCUACUCAUUUGGUGUGAAUUGUACAUCCUUCCAUGUCUGGAAUUAUUUAUAUAUCAAGUUAUUGUUGUGUCUA